AUGUUGCUGUUUGUGCACGGUGAGCAUCACGCUUCCUCAUACGCAUCGGUACACAGUCAUAUCAUUCCAGUUCAUGGACAUCAUGACGAGCAUCACCAUCAUGAACCGAAGCAUCAUCCAAAUUAUGUGUAUAAAUACGGUGUGGAAGAUAAACACACGCAUGAUGUGAAGUCGGCGAAUGAGCAUCGUGAUGGGGAUGUCGUCAAAGGGGAAUACACGCUGGUGCAACCGGAUGGACGUACUCGUCAUGUGCAUUACACUUCUGAUAAACACGCUGGGUUCAACGCGCAUGUCACUUAUUCCGGACAUGCUCAUCAUCCUGAGCAUUAUGAAUCACAUGGUCAUUAUUAG